CCGACGCCCCAACUUCCAACACCGGUCUGAAGGUCAGGGGUCAUGUCGGAUCAGAAUGGAACAGUUUUCUGGAAAUAUCCUGGCCUACAGCAGAGAUGAAUACGUUAGGCAGGUAUAAAUGCGAAGUUAUGGGUUUCGACUCUGACUCUAUUGCCGUCAUUCGAGAUACUCCUAUCCAACUCAUGGUAGAAGACACAGUCAACGCAACGCAAGUUUUGCAUCUCCUGCUGAGAGAGCAGGCCGAACUCCAGCAUGAGAUCACUGAGCAGAGAGACAACUGUACCAACACAGUAAAUCAACUCGAGAGUGCCAUCGAUGACUUGGAAAAUCGGGUCCUCCGAAUGGAGGCCUCUCAGCGAAGUAGGACGUGGCCAAAAGGGCUUUACGGACUUCUUUCUCCAAAUACAGGUUGCCCGAACAAUGGCAUCGACUCUUGGCGAACUGGUCAAUUAAAAAUGCACACAGAGUCGUCAAAUAGCUCCAAUCUCAAUAGUGUGUCGACUCCGAAUAACCUUGCCCAGCCCAUUUUUGAAAGCUCGAAUUCAGACUUAUUCAUGAACCAACAUUUCUGUGUAAAGGAAAAUGUCGACGUCUUUUCAUAUUGGCCCCGAGGUACCUACUGUAUAAACAAACACGACUCUAGGUCAUGUCCCUAUGGUUUUUCUUCCGGGUACAUCCAGUUCGAUGACGAAGACGGCGAUAGAGCUACCCAAACAAGUGGAAAUGUUCCAGAGAUUGUUGCAGAUAGCAGUUAUUAUCGUAUUUCCUACUGUUGCAGAUCUGAUUCAGCCCCAGGAUUCGCGAUCUCUCUACCCACGGAGAAUCCUUUCUACUUGUACCGUUACAAAGGGACAUGUCAAAGUGUUUCUGGGAUGACAGUAUCACAGCAGUUUAUGUACUUUGACACAGAGGACAAUAGUAAUGGAGACAGGUAUGAAAACCUGAUCCACCCGGAUGGCAAGGCCAACAAUGACGUUCGUAUCGAGUUAUGCUAUUACAGGUGAUUCCAGUACAAACGAAAGAGUCGGAAAGCGUUUUAUGAACACGACGUGGGUAUACAGUUUACAGGACAAUGGCCUCCUUAUCAAGGACGAAAGUAUGGAACAUAAUUUACCAAUGCAAAAGAAGAAUUAAGCACUCAAAGUAACUCAGGAAAAUAAGAAUGAUAGAGCAAACGAUUUGUACAGAAUUUUGAAAAAUGGAAAGCAGACAUUCACAAAACCGUAAGGAAUAUAAAUAGCCGGCUAAAGGGAGGAUAAAAAGAAAACUAUAAAACGAUACGUCUUUUCUAAUUUUUUUUUUUGGGGGGGGGAGGGGUGGGGUAGUUAAAAACGAAAUAGAAGAAACGCGUUUUUGUGCAGGUAAAUGGCUUGUGGGAGUUGGUAAGGCUUGGCGCGAACAGGGCAAUUUUAGUUGCACAACAGUUGCUGUCUUCAGGCACCUUAUUAAUUUACACUUCUCGCACAGAGCUAAGCGACAGCCAGGCAACAGUAGGCUAUCAUCAUUAUUGACUUUCUCAUUUGACGUCAUGGACUUCCACGACGCAGUAGUUGUCUAUGCUCUUGUGAUUG